GUCAGAACUUUAGGAGGCGUGGAUGAGGGAGCGAGAGAGAGGCUUGGAACGCAGAAAGAGAUAAUGUGACCCAGGAAGAGAAACAUUGUAUCUUUUAUCACUGUAUCUUCUCUAUACUUUGUAUCUUCAUUGUGAGGAGGAUCUCCGGAUCUCUGACCGCUGUGAGGAGAGCCUAUGAUGAUGUCCAGCCGCAACAUCGAAUGUAUAUUCUUCAGCGAGUUCCACCCGACUCUCGGCCCGAAAAUCAGCUUCCAGGUACCGGAGGAAUACAUAUCGCGGGAGCUCUUUGACACGGUUCAGGUGUACAUCAUCACCAAACCAGAACUGCAGAACAAACUCAUCACAGUGACCGCCAUGGACAAGAAGCUGAUUGGCUGCCCGGUGUGCAUCGAGCACAAGAAGUAUAGCCGCAACGCGCUGCUCUUCAAUCUGGGCUUUGUGUGCGAUGCGCGGGCGAAGACGUGUGCCCUGGAGCCCAUCGUGAAGAAGCUGGCCGGGUACCUGAAGACACUGGAGCUGGAGUCAGGAUUUAUCUCCAACGAGGACAGCAAGCAGAGGUUGGUGCCCAUAAUGACCUACCUGCGGAAAGAGCUGAACACCACCGGGGAGUGCUCGCUGCCCAUAGAUGAAAGUAACACCAUGCACCUGAAGGUGAUCGAGCUGCGCGCGGCGCCCCCUACUGCCCAGGAAUAUGACGUCCCCGUGUUCACGGAGGACAAGGAAGAAUUCUGCAAUGCACAAUGGGAUUUAACCACCCAGCAGAUUCUCCCGUACAUCGAUGGGUUCCGUCACAUCCAGAAGAUCUCGGCAGAGGCGGAUGUGGAGCUGAACCUCGUGCGGAUCGCCAUCCAGAACCUUAUGUAUUACGGUGUUGUGACAUUGGUGUCCAUUUUCCAGUAUUCCAACGUAUAUUGCACCACGCCUCGUGUUCAGGAGCUCGUCCAUGACAAGGCGCUGCAGGAUGAAUGUGUGUCUUAUGUCAGCAAGCCGGGUCUGAAGCGGCCGAGUCUCCGUGACGUCUUCCAGUUAUACUGCGGUCUCAGUCCCGGGACUACUGUGCGCGACCUCAUCGCCCGGCAUACGCUGCAGCUUCAGAGAGUGGAUGAGCGAAAACUCAUCCAGUUCGGUCUGAUGAAGAACCUGAUCAGAAGACUCCAGAAGUAUCCCGUAAAAGUGUCCCGUGAUGAGAGGAGCCCCCCCGCCCGCCUGUACACCGGGAGCCACACCUACGAUGAGAUCUGCUGCAAGACGGGGAUGAGCUACCGGGAGUUGGACGAGAGGCUGGACAGCGAUCCGAACAUCAUUGUGUGUAUGAAGUGAGGUCCGAGGGCGGCGAACGCCUCAAUGCUCAGGAAACGGAACCCUCGACACUGCUGGGAGGGGGGAGCUGACUCCUGCAGGACUGCAACCUGGGAAACUGCCCCCCGCCCUCCAGUGACCAAUGUGGGGGGGGUCCUUUUUUAUUGUUCCGUACAGUGUUUGAAAAAAAUGAAAGAAGUCGAUUGGUUGCCAUUGAUGUCGACACAGUUUUUUUGA